AUGGAAGGUACCGGAGCUCGGUUCUUCGACAGCCAGACACCUCUAUCGAGGCGGCGUCCUACUCUUAACCGACCUGAUAUCUGCAUCACAACGCAAUCAAGUGCACCUUCGUCCUUUGCUUGCGUGCCCGUCUCUACCUCAACUGAUGUAGGCUUUCGUUCUCCCAACAUACCCUCUUCUUUCCAUCUUCAACUGGCCGAUCAGCAAAGUAAGGCUCAACAGCCUCCAAACGUAGAGCAUAAGGGGGAAGUCACCAGAAAUCACAGUAAUGACGGCUCUUCUUCGACUCCAGGAUUCAAAGUUUUAAACGACGUCGGUCCGACAAACGGUAGCUCUGAUUUGACGAAAUUAAUUGAAAAGGCCAUUGAAAAAGGUCGAAACCUUAAAGAAAAUAUCAUUCAGGCGGCCCGAAGUAGUGUCAUGGAUGGCAGGUAG